AAUUAUGAUCGUGAUUGUGGAUGCUCUUAGUCACAUUCGGACCUUCAUUCAAAUAGACAGUCACAAACCCAAUUUUGAAUGUUAGCCGUUAGAGCCGAAACUUUGAAAAUCUAAAUAAAAAACAAGACAAAAGAAAUUCUUCACUCUUCAGGUCUUCAGCCAUGGGAAACCUUAACUCAGAGAGCAAAUAUGAAAGCCUUCGUCUUGCUCGGAUCUCAGAGAACAUGGCACGAUUGGCUUCUUUAGGGUUAGACAAGAGUAUCACAGAGCUUAGAACUUUAGCAUCUCCUUCAAAAACAUCACCCAGCAAGAGAAAAUGCUGUAGGAAAGUCUAUGAUUAUUCUUCUCUGCGCCGCUCAAAUCGAUUAAUCUCUCAGUCUGAAUCGGUUCCACGACGAUCUACUAGAUUGAGUGGAACCCAGAUAUCUUCUCUUCAAGGAAAAGGUGGAACUUCUAAACAGAAAGAAUGGAAAUUGUUUGAAGCGGAAGAGAGAGAACUCGAAGAGAGGAACAAAAUAUCUUCGGAUGCUUUAUCUAGGCGAUGCGAUAGCAGAAGUAGAGGAAGUCUUUAUAAUCCUGUUUUUGGGAUUUGUUGCCACUUCUGCAGGCAGAAGAAACUAUGUGGAGAGGAAGAUUGCAAGCACUGCGGAAAUCUUGAUAAUGAUCAGCCAUGUAUUGGGAAGACCAGUUGUUCGGUCUGCAAUUCUAGCAAUGGUGUGCUUUGUCGAGCCUGUCUCAAGGUUAGAUAUGGUGAAGAACUCGAAGAAGUGAGAGCAAAUAAGGAAUGGAUGUGCCCUCAUUGCAUAGAAAACAAAGGAAUUAGGCCAUAUUGGAUAUGUAACAGUUCAUUCUGCCUAAAGAAAAGAAAGAUGGUCCCAACUGGAAUAGCCAUUUAUGAAGCUCGAGAAAUGGGAUAUCCAUCAGUAGCUCAUUUUCUGAUGGACAAGCUUCAGAAAAAGGUCUAACCAACUGAUGGCUGGACGCGCUAAUGUAACUUGGUAGAUUUACCUGACAUGUAUGCAUAGAUAAAUUAAUCACAACUGAUCCAGAUCUGUGGCUAUUUAGAUGGUUACUUGUUCGAAUUUCUGCAUAUUGAAAGCUGCUGAAGUAUUUCGUGAAAUUAGAUUCUGAUUACCGUGGAAAUGAAAACAUUGUAAAAGUUCUGACUUUUCUUUCCUACUAGAAACUAAAUUGAGCAGCUUAUAUUUUGAGGGAUAUACACUAGUCAGUAACCAAUGCUAUGUGAUGGGGAACUUUUGUACUAUGAUUUAUCUUUUUAUUAGUGUGUUGUUAAUCAAAUGUGUUAAUGCC